AUGAACACCAGGCAGGCUCUUAAGCUAUGGGUGGUGAGAGCAUAUCAGAUUCCUGAGAGAAGUGGUCCAUCUAAGAUUAGAUCAAAAGAAAUAGUUUUUCAUGAUGAAGAGGGUUCCUUCCUGCAUGCUCAUGUACCCAAAGAAUAUGUGGAAAAGUACCUAAGCUAUUUUUCUGAAGGUUCAGUUUACGCUAUAAAGAAUUUUUGUGUGAUCACCAAUUUUUACUCAUACAAGACCAGCCCACAGAAGUACAUGAUAAAAUUCAAUUAUCAGACUAUGGUAAAGGAUUUAAAGAAUGCGAAAUUUCCUAUGAAAAUGUAUCGUCUGAAUUCGUUUAAAGAGAUCAAGUCUAAUGAAGGCCUUGAUGAGAAACACCUCUUUGAUGUGAUUGGUCGAGUUAUUGAGAUUCACUGCCCACAGGAGAAAUUGAUUAAUGGGAAAAACUCCAGGCUGAUUGACUUCACCAUUGAAGACACUGAUGGGGAUGUUAAGAUUUGUAGCUCCUAUGAUGUAACACAACUGCUGUUCAAUCAGGAAUCUCCACCAUUUGAGGAGUUCAGAAAAAGUAUCAGCCAUGAACAGACUCCAAUGCGCAGUAUUAUUUCGCAAUCAAGUUUUAAGGAAUGUAGCUCCUAUUCAGUUUCCCUAUCUGGUGAUAUGGAAGUCCGUACUAUCAGUAAAAUAUACAGAGACAAGGAGUUUGGAGAUUUUUGGGUGGCAGCAAGGAUUGUGUUCAUUGAUGAUCCUGAGUGGUACUAUGCUUCGUGUAGAACAAAGGGUUGCAACAAAAAGCUGAAAAUGAAAGGUAAGUGGCUAUGGUGUAGUACAUGUGACAGGAAUUGGGGCGAUGGAACUUUGAGGUACAGGGUUAAAGUUAGGGUUGUGGACUUGGAUGGGAAUGCUCAUUUCCUUCUAUGGGACAGGGAGUGCCUUGAUCUACUUGGUGUUACCGUAGAUGAUUUGAAUUCUACCCAUACUAAGGGCCGAAAGGGGCUACCUAAGGAGCUUGAGAAUCUGAUUAGAUUGAAUUUGCUCUUUCGAAUUGCUGUUCGCAAAAAACAAUUCCAAAACUACCUUAAUGCUUUCCUUGUUAUGAGGAUCAUCACUGAUGAAAAGAUUGUAGAAAAGCAUGCACCAGAGCUAAUUGGAGUUAGGGACCGGGACCUCAGUUCAAAAUUGGAGUUGGAGCUUACAGAAGAUGAUCUAUGGGAUCUAGAGGAAAAUGAGCAAGUAAAUGAAGCUGAAAGUCCUCUACAAGUUGUUGCACAGAGGCUGAAUGCAGAGAACACCAUUGAGAAUGGAACAGUACUAAAGAAGACAGUGAUUCCUGCUAAAAAGCAGAAGAGGAUGAACAUCACAUGA